CAACAAGUGCAUUGACAUGAAGAGUGAUGCCAGAAUAAUGCCGCCUCUAGAGAUUACGGCUGCAUUGCUCCGCCACAGUGGAAUAACUGACAGCAGUGGACUGACGGCCGCUGUGUAGUGAGCGCGUCCUCUCGCACACGCCGCGGAUCUGCGGCCAGGCACCCGGAUGUGGCGAAAAAAUGUUCGGCGCUCCCGUCAGCUUCUGCGCGCGGAAAACAUGUCAGGAUUCCGGUUAGCGCCUCCGUCCACUUUCGCGUCGUCGGGUGUUUUUCUUCCAACGAUGAGUUGGAUUUAAAACGGAUCUUUUCGAUGUGGAUUCGAGGAUGCAAGAAGCAGAUGAACAGUCUGAAGGGGCACAACAUGCCAACAACAAUCGGACCACUGCCUCCACAGACUCCUCGGCUCUCUGGUCAGAAAGCCACACCCAUCUGCAGCAGCUCCCCUCACCAGAGCCCCUCCAGCCCCCGGCGAGCACCGGCAAGCCGGUUGGGUCCGCUCACGGCCUCCUCGGGGCCAACAGUAGUAUUCAAGGCCCAGGAGGUGCCGGUUCCGCUGUUAGCCCGGUUCUCGCUUGGCACGCUGCCAUCACCGCUGCUCGACAGGCACAGGAAGACGUCGAGAAGCCAGAGAUAAGUUCCCGGCCCUCAGUUUGCCCCAGUGGACCUCCUCCCGUGGGAUCACUGGCACAAAGGAAAAGGCAGCAGUAUGCCAAAAGCAAAAAACAAGGAGGAUCAACCAACAGCCGGCCACCCAGAGCCCUGUUCUGCCUCACACUCAACAACCCCAUUCGCAGGGCCUGCAUCAGCCUGGUGGAGUGGAAACCGUUUGAUAUCUUUAUACUGCUGUCUAUUUUUGCCAACUGUGUGGCCUUAGCCAUCUACAUCCCCUUCCCUGGAGAUGACUCCAACUCCACCAACCAGGAACUGGAGAAAGUAGAAUAUGCCUUCCUGAUCAUCUUCACAAUAGAAACAUUUAUGAAGAUCAUUGCCUAUGGCUUGGUGAUGCACCAAAACUCCUACGUCAGAAACGGCUGGAACAUGCUGGAUUUUGUCAUUGUCAUUGUGGGGUUGUUCAGUGUGGUUUUGGAGAUGAUAACCAAAGAUGCUGACCACGGCGGCCAGUCUGGAGGCAAACCAGGGGGAUUCGAUGUGAAAGCACUGCGGGCCUUCCGCGUGCUGCGACCCCUUCGUCUCGUUUCUGGUGUUCCCAGUUUACAGGUGGUUUUAAAUUCCAUUAUUAAAGCCAUGGUUCCCCUGCUUCACAUAGCUCUGCUGGUCCUGUUCGUCAUCAUCAUCUACGCCAUCAUCGGCCUCGAGCUCUUCAUUGGAAAAAUGCACGCCACGUGCUAUGUGAUACAAACAGGUGCACUUGCAGAGGAAGAGCCGGCGCCGUGUGCUGUGUCGGGGCACGGACGCCAUUGUCUGUUCAACGGUACAAUUUGUCGAGAGGGCUGGCAGGGUCCCAACAACGGCAUCACAAACUUUGACAAUUUUUUGUUUGCCAUGCUCACUGUGUUCCAGUGCAUCACAAUGGAAGGCUGGACCGAUGUUCUGUACUGGAUGAAUGACGCCAUGGGCUUUGAGCUGCCAUGGGUCUACUUUGUCAGUUUGGUCAUCUUUGGCUCCUUCUUUGUUCUUAACUUGGUUUUGGGAGUGUUAAGUGGUGAGUUUUCCAAAGAGCGAGAAAAGGCCAAGGCUCGAGGCGAUUUCCAGAAGCUGCGGGAGAAGCAGCAGUUGGAGGAAGACCUUAAGGGCUACUUGGACUGGAUCACACAGGCUGAGGACAUCGACCCCGAGAACGAGGAGGAAGGAGACGAGGAAGGCAAGCGUAAUCGGGUCACGCUGGCUGACCUCACAGAGAAGAAGAAGGGAAAGUUUGGCUGGUUCACUCAGUCCACAGAGACACAGGCGAGCGUGCCGACGAGCGAGACUGAAUCUGUGAACACGGAUAACCACAAUGGAGAGGAGGACAAAUCGCCGUGCUGUGGACCGCUGUGUCAGAAAAUUACUAAGUCAAAGUGCAGUCGUCAGUGGCGACGCUGGAACCGUCUGUGCCGCAGGAAGUGCCGUGCAGCUGUCAAAUCCGUGACGUUUUAUUGGCUGGUCAUCAUCUUGGUCUUCCUCAACACUCUCACCAUCGCCUCUGAGCACUACAACCAACCAGACUGGCUGACUGAAGUCCAGGACGUAGCCAACAAAGUUCUCCUGGCUCUGUUCACCUUGGAGAUGCUGGUGAAGAUGUACAGUUUGGGGCUGCAGGCCUACUUUGUGUCCCUGUUUAACCGCUUUGACUGCUUCGUGGUGUGUGGAGGCAUCGUGGAAACCAUCCUGGUGGAGCUGGCCAUCAUGUCUCCUCUGGGGAUCUCUGUUUUCCGCUGCGUGCGCCUCCUCAGAAUCUUCAAAGUAACACGACACUGGGCGUCUCUCAGUAACCUGGUUGCCUCGCUGCUCAACUCCAUGAAGUCCAUUGCCUCUUUGUUGCUGCUGCUCUUCCUCUUCAUCAUUAUUUUUUCCCUGCUUGGGAUGCAACUCUUUGGAGGCAAGUUCAACUUUGAUGAGACGGUGACCAAAAGAAGCACAUUUGAUAACUUCCCACAAGCCCUGCUCACCGUGUUCCAGAUUCUGACUGGAGAAGACUGGAACACAGUGAUGUAUGAUGGCAUCAUGGCAUACGGGGGACCCGCCUCCUCUGGAAUGGUGGUCUGCAUUUACUUUAUCAUCCUCUUCAUUUGUGGGAACUACAUCUUGCUGAAUGUCUUUUUGGCUAUUGCUGUUGAUAACCUGGCCGACGCAGAGAGCCUCAACACGGCGCAAAAGGAGGAAGAAGAGGCCAAGAAGAGGAGGAAUAGUACCAAGGAAACAAGCUCAGACAGGAAAAGGGUUGAGAUAACGGAAGGAGCUCCCGACUCAAAGGUUCCAACAGAAACCUUGCUAGAGGGAGACAAAGAGUCGUAUCCUGCUGCUGAAUCUCCAGGAGAUGAUGAGGAUGAUGACGACAAUAACGACAUUCUCCCAGAAGUCCCAUCCGGACCCCGCCCCCAACGGCUCUCUGAACUCACCAUCAAAGAAAAGACUCCGCCCAUACCUGAAGGCAGCGCCUUCUUCAUCUUCAGCAGCACCAACCCCUUUCGAGUAUUCUGCCACAAACUGAUCAACCAUCAGAUCUUCACCAACCUCAUCCUGGUGUUCAUCAUGCUCAGCUCCGUUUCUUUGGCUGCUGAAGAUCCCAUCCGCAACUUCUCUGCUCGUAACAUUAUACUUGGUUAUUUUGACUAUGCUUUCACCGCAAUCUUUACAGUUGAGAUCCUGUUGAAGAUCCUAGGCUAUGCAGACUAUGUCUUCACUAGUAUGUUUACAUUUGAGAUCCUUAUUAAGAUGACAGCGUUCGGAGCCUUUCUUCAUAAGGGGGCCUUCUGCAGGAACUACUUCAACCUUCUUGACUUGCUGGUUGUCGGCGUGUCUCUGGUGUCUUUUGGUAUCCAAUCCUCAGCCAUCUCAGUGGUGAAGAUUCUCCGCGUUUUACGUGUUCUCCGUCCACUCAGGGCCAUCAACAGAGCCAAGGGGCUUAAGCACGUGGUGCAGUGUGUGUUUGUUGCCAUCAGGACCAUCGGUAACAUCAUGAUCGUCACCACGCUGCUGCAGUUCAUGUUCGCUUGUAUUGGAGUGCAGCUCUUCAAGGGAAAAUUCUAUCGAUGCACAGAUGAUGCAAAGUCCAGCCCAGAGGAAUGCAAAGGAACAUACAUUCUUUACAGCAAUGGGGACACAGCACUACCCAUGAUUAAAGAGAGGAUUUGGUACAACAGUGACUUUAAUUUUGAUAACGUUCUCAUGGCCAUGAUGGCUCUUUUCACCGUCUCCACCUUUGAGGGAUGGCCCACGCUUUUGUACAAGGCCAUCGAUUCUAACAGGGAAAACAUGGGUCCCAUCUACAACUACCGCAUCGAGAUCUCCAUCUUCUUCAUCAUCUAUAUCAUCAUCAUCGCCUUCUUCAUGAUGAACAUCUUCGUGGGUUUUGUCAUCGUCACCUUUCAGGAGCAGGGGGAGAAGGAAUACAAGAACUGUGAACUGGACAAAAACCAGCGCCAGUGCGUGGAAUACGCUCUGAAAGCUCGCCCCUUGCGUCGCUACAUUCCCAAAAACCCCUACCAGUACAAGUUCUGGUAUGUGGUCAACUCCACUGGCUUCGAAUAUGUCAUGUUUGUCCUGAUCAUCCUUAACACCUUGUGUCUGGCUAUCCAGCACUAUGGUCAGUCUCAUCUGUUUAACUACGCCAUGGAUAUCCUCAACAUGGUCUUUACUGGGGUUUUCACAGUAGAGAUGAUCCUGAAGCUCGUCGCCUUUAAACCCAGAGGUUAUGUCGGGGACGCCUGGAAUGUCUUCGACGCUCUGGUGGUGAUUGGCAGUGUAGUCGACAUCAUACUCAGCCAGUCAACAGCCAUUCCUGUUGUGAAGGUGAUAGUGGAGCCAGGGAACACAGAGGACAGCGCUCGCAUCUCCAUCACCUUCUUCCGCCUCUUCAGGGUGAUGCGGCUGGUCAAACUGCUGAGCAGAGGGGAGGGGAUCCGGACUUUGCUGUGGACCUUCAUCAAAUCCUUCCAGGCGCUUCCAUAUGUCGCCCUUUUGAUUGCGAUGCUGUUCUUCAUCUACGCUGUGAUUGGAAUGCAGGUGUUUGGAAAAAUUGCAAUGGUGGAUGGGACCCAAAUUAACCGCAACAACAAUUUUCAAACUUUUCCUCAAGCUGUCCUGAUGCUCUUCAGGUGUGCCACAGGAGAGGCGUGGCAGGAGAUCAUGCUGGCUUGUCUGCCAGGAAAGCUGUGUGACUCUGAGUCCGACUAUAACCCUGGAGAGGAGAGAACCUGCGGCAGUGGCUUUGCCAUCAUCUACUUCAUCAGCUUCUACAUGCUUUGUGCUUUCUUGAUUAUCAACCUUUUUGUAGCUGUCAUCAUGGACAACUUUGAUUACCUGACUCGUGAUUGGUCCAUCCUGGGGCCGCACCACCUGGACGAGUUCAAAAGGAUCUGGUCAGAAUACGAUCCGGAGGCCAAGGGCAGGAUAAAGCAUCUUGAUGUGGUAACUCUUCUGCGGAGGAUUCAGCCUCCUCUGGGCUUUGGGAAGCUCUGCCCUCACAGAGUGGCCUGUAAGCGGCUGGUUGCCAUGAACAUGCCCCUCAACAGUGACGGGACUGUCAUGUUUAAUGCCACCUUGUUUGCUUUGGUUCGCACCGCUCUCAGGAUCAAAACUGAGGGUAACUUGGAUCAAGCAAAUGAGGAGCUGCGAGUUGUUAUUAAGAAGAUCUGGAAAAGGACCAGUAUGAAACUCCUGGAUCAAGUGGUGCCUCCCGCAGGUGAUGACGAGGUAACAGUGGGGAAGUUCUAUGCCACCUUCCUGAUACAGGACUACUUUAGAAAGUUCAAGAGGCGCAAAGAGCAAGGGCUCGUGGGAAGACGAUCGUGGGAGAGGCUGAAUACUACUUUGGCUCUGCAGGCCGGCUUGCGCACUCUCCAUGACAUUGGACCAGAAAUCCGUCGAGCCAUAUCAUGUGACCUGCAGGAGGAGGGGCUAGUAGAUGUAACUGCAGAAGAAGAAGAGGAAAUCUACAGGCGCAAUGGUGGCCUUUUUGGAAACCACGUUAACUGUGUGAGUGGGGACCAGCAGGGCUCCCACCCCCCCACCACUGUCACUCAGCGCCCGCUGCAGAUCCUGCCGUUUUCCUGCAGUGCUGCAGUCGCACCCACCCAGAAUAACAGAACCGCUGGCAGAGAAGAAGAGGAGGAGUAUAACCAUCAUCAAACUCCUCUGCCCGACGGGUCCCCUCGCUGUAACUUCACGGUCCAUCGAUCCCCGAUACCCUCCAACGCCAACCUCAAUAAUGCCAAUGUGCCCUCGCUACUCUCAACUACACCUGGGGGGCAGCAGAAGUGUUUAUUGCAGAGAAGUUGCCCGUCCUCCACCCGGAACAGAUCCCCCAGCUCGUACAGCAAAGCAGUGCACAACAAACUGUGGAAGUCUCACUCCACCAGCAGGACACGCUACUAUGAAGCAUACGUCAGAUCACAAGGAAGUGUCAGAGGGCUUCACCCAACCAUUCGCCGAGAGGAGCCUGGGAGUACAAACAGCGACGAUGAGCGAGGUUCAGGGGACUACUUCAGCGGUGACGAAUUCCAUGAAGAUGACAUCAUGCUCACAAGGGACAGACUGAUCUGCAUGGACUAUAGUGAUGAAGCCGAGGGAGAUUAUGAGGUUUUCAGGGAUGCAUGUCAGCCUGAUGGUUUCUAUGACGACGAUGACAAACAGCUUAUCUGCCAACAAGAAAGACGAUCACCGAGACGAUGGUUUUUACCCUCUCCUCAAGCAUGCAACACGCCAACAUUUAGUUUUGAGUGUCUUCGCAGAAGGACUAGUAUAGAUGAUGCUCCCUCCUCCCCAUCAUGCACCGCUCUUCCACUCCACCUGAUGCAGCAACAGGUGAUGGCAGUAGCUGGUAUGGAUGCCAGCAGAAUUUCACGACCGUCUCCGACGAGGUCGCUUCGCUCUUGGGCGACUCCUCCAGCCUCCCCCCACAGUCGUGACUGCUCUCCCUGCUACACGCCACUCAUACAGGUGGACUGGCGAAGCUCCGGCAGUGUGGGAAGCAUCCCUGGUUUAGUGAAGAGGAGCUCUUGGUACACAGACAGCCAGGACGGCGCUCACAGCUGCUGCCACUCUCCAUCACGCCUGCAGCUUCCUGCAGAAAACUGCACACACGUCCUGCAGAAGAGAGGCAGUGCUAACAGUCUGGUGGAAGCUGUGCUGAUCUCUGAGGGUUUAGGGAAAUAUGCCAGGGACCCCAGAUUCGUGUCUGUGACCAAACAUGAGAUCGCUGACGCCUGUGAGAUGACCAUCGAUGAAAUGGAGAGUGCAGCCAGUAACCUGCUGAAUGGCAGUAUGGCGAACGGCAGCAGCGAAGGAGCGGGCAACACUGGUUCAGACUCUGGCACACAGCAGAGGGACCACAGCGUGCGCGACUAUAGCGACGAGGAGCCGUACGUGGCCGUCAGAUGCGAGGAGGACUUAAAAGAUGAGAUGAUAUGCAUCACUUCACUAUAGCAGCGGCCCACAAACUUUCUUUUUCCAAGACUUUUUUAUUUAACAGCAAAGGGACAUAAAUUUGGGAGAAAAUACAUAAAAAUGAAAGACAGAUGAGAACAAAAGUGCCUUGUUUUUUUUUUUGUUUUUUUUUCCUGUUGGUGGAAGAGCAACGACGGUCAAAAUUUGUGGAGAUCUGCUAAAAUGAAUUUACCCGUUUUUUCAAGCAAAAAUUCAAGCCGCUUUUGUGAAAUUGUUUGACGUUUUGAUUGAGCUUUUGAAUUAAUUUUCUUCCAGCGUUGGCUGAGGAUCAAACUGAGCUUUAAUGCGUUUUUAUCCCUGCAGCUUCAGGUCAGUCCUGGUAUGAUGGUGGGCGUGUCUUUGUUCUGCUGCAAUCUUCUCAUACAGGAACGCCGGCCGUGCACUGUUGACUCAAUUUUCAAACUUCAUCCCUCCAAUUAUGUGAAUCAGAGAUUUAAAAAGUUAAACCCUAAGCAUGUCCAUGUUUUUAGUGAAGUUUUGGCAAAAGUGUGCUGCUAAAGGCUCCCUCAAGCUAGUGACAGAUCCCUCCCUCUUCAUUGCAGCCUGCCUCUGCAUGUUGUCAGCAUCUGGAGGAAAACACACUGUGAAAACGCCACAUCCAGCUCUCCAGCUGCCAGUUAGUCACCGUCUGCUCAGCCUAAAUAAUCUGUGUGAAACCAGAUCACUUUUUCUCCAGUCUGUUCCAGUGUUGGAACUCUAGUUGAGCUGGAAAUGGUUUGUGUGGAUGCAAAAAAAAGAGAAACCAACUACUAUAAACUAACCACUAAUCCAUCAACUCUUUUUAAAAAAAUUUUUAUAGGCAUGCAAGCUUCCCUCAUUCAAAACCAACUAAAUAAUGGUGAUGUUUUACACGCUUAACACAAAACAGAGGUAGACAGUAAGGCUGGAACUUUCUGGAAAUCAGUAGUGAACUUGGGCUUUUUUAGCCUGUAAACUAUUAGUUUUAAAAUGUCUAUUCAUAAUAUUAAAAAAAAAAAAAA